UUCACUCUGGAGGAAGCAAGCAAUCAGGGAGGGUUGGUCGACGUGGCACCAAGGGACCCACCCCCAACCCCCUGUAUUUACCAACAACAGGCGUCUGUUUCCCAGCACUGAACCGUCCUAGCACCCGGGCUCUCUCUCUGAAAAGAGACACAUCCCUCUACCUCGACAAAUAAAUGCAAAGAGAAACAACGCGAGCGCAACCAGAUAAGGAUCGCUGCCCAGAAGUGGAGAGAACGACGAACCAACGCGAAGAGAAAAACAGACGCGCACGGACCGUCGCCGUUGCCUUUUUUCUCAAUGCAUACCCUUUGUGCCCGGGGAACGAUGAAACCAGAGAUCAACGCCGCCGUCGGAUUUCUGACGAGAUUUCUGAGGGUAAAAGGACACGUAAACGAUCGACAGGUCCAAACGUUCAGCCAAAGCUUACAGGACAUUUUGUCAGAGCAAUAUAAGCACCACUGGUUCCCAGACAGGCCCUGCAAGGGUUCGGGGUACCGCUGCAUUCGUAUAAACCACAAGAUGGACCCACUGGUGUGGCAGGCGGGCCAGCGCAUCGGCAUGACCAUCCAGCAACUCUACCUGGUGCUGCCCAGUGAGCUCACUCUGUGGGUGGACCCCUUCGAGGUCUCCUACCGUAUUGGCGAGGAUGGCUCCAUCUGCGUCCUGUACGAGUCACAGCCCUGUCCCCCAGGAUUGCCGGCAACAGCCACCACCGGCUCCCCCUCAGGAAACAGCGGGCCGAUGGGCUCCAUGGUGGACAGUCACAUCAGCUGCAAGGAGGAACUGAUGGUGCUGGGCAGAACCAGUCCCUCCAAAGCCUACAAUAUGAUGACUGUGUCCAGUUAAAGAGGCGCACCGUCACCCCUGCCUACCUUUGUUCAGGGUCAUGCCGUGGCAGGUCAGAUCAUAUGACCAGAUCAGGGUGAGCCUUUUUUAAAGCUAAGAAUAUGAAAUGAAAUAGUGAAAGAGAAAAGGAGAGGAAAAAAAAAACAGGAUGUGGCCUAUCGUCCAGGUGAUGGAAACCUUGUAGGUUUGGUUUUUGUUUUUUUUUUUUUUAACCCCCCCCCCCCAUUAUCAUCUGUUGUGUCAUUGAAUCAGCUGGGCACUCCGUUUUUGUAGGAGAGGCUUUGUGGAAAUGAAACUGCUGGGGCAGCUAAACCAUCUUACCAACCAGGAACCCCCUCCCCCCCAACUGUAAAAAAAACAAAACAUGGUGAUCAGCUCCAUCUCAGAAGGGGCUGUCAUUGACUUUGCACUUUUCCUAGUGGUAACUAUGGGUAUAUGUUCAACACACCGCUGCAAAACACCCAAACCUAAAUUAUGAGGAAUUCUUACCAGGAACUACCCCCUGAAUUUCAAAUUCCAGAGGUUAUUCAAUUUGCUUUGAUUUGAGGUUUAGACUGAGCCUUUUGCCUUGUUUUUGAAAUUCACAAUAAAAUUCCUGUGUUAA